GUCAUUGAAGUCUAUCUCUGAUUGUUUGAUGUGACAGGAUCUCCAGCAGCGGGGAGCGACCUCCUCAACUUCAACCUCUUCUCCCUUACAGCCUACAAGAUUGGCAGUAGCACCAGCAUCUUGGGAAGAACAUGGAGAAGGUUCUGAUCCGUCCCACCGCGUUCAAACCGGUGGUCCCGAUGAACCGCCACUCAGUGCAGUACCUCUCCCUGAGACCAGGGGGCAACCUCUCUGAGAGCCAAGGCACCCUCAACCUCCUCAUGCCCCUGUCUAUCAACGGGAAUAACGGAAAUACAGUGGUCAAUAACGUGAAUACCGUGUUCAAUAACGUGGUCAAUGGCACGGGGAGCUACGGGAACGUUGUACCUCUGGUCGGCUCGUCCUCUUCCUCAGAUAGCAAGAGGAACUCAUACAGCGGAGGACGCAACGCUCGCAGCAGCCAUUCCUGCUCCAUGUCAGACUCUGGCCGUAACUCCCUGUCCAGCCUGCCCACCCACAGCAGCCUGGCCAAUAGCGAGGCCUCCGGGUCGGGUUCAGGGUCUGUGGGGUCCGGGGUGGGCCCGGAGCCUGGGAGAACCACCACCACAAACGGGGGGUCGGGGAUCAACGGAGGUCACGCCCACUCUACCUCCCACGGUCACUCAAACUCGGACAGCGGGCGGUCGUCGUCCAGUAAGAGCACAGGGUCGCUGAGUGGGCGAGGCCAGCCCCUGUCGGACAGCGGGUCGUGUGGGCGCUCGCCCCCGACCCUGGAGGGUUACGAGGGGGUGGUUAGGGAGCUGGAGGAGAAGUUGAGGGAGAGAGACCUGGAGCUGCAGCAACUCAGAGAGAACCUGGACGAGAACGAGGCCGCCAUCUGUCAGGUAUACGAGAAGAAGCAGCUUCGCUGUGAGAGAGAGCUGGAAGAGCUGAGACAGAGCUGUUCCUCUAAGAUGAAACAGGCUUCACAGAAGGCCCAGAGAGUACAACAGGCCUUACAGCUACAGGUGUUCCAACUGCAGCAAGAGAAGAAGAAGCUUCAGGAGGACUUCUCCUCUCUGCUGCAGAACAGGGAAGAGCUGGAGAGGAGGUGUGCCUCUAUACAGAGAGAGCAGACCCAGCUGGGACCACGCCUAGAAGAGACCAAGUGGGAGGUGUGUCAGAAAUCAGGUGAGAUCUCCCUUUUGAAACAGCAACUGAAGGAGUGCCAGUCAGAGCUGAGCCAGAAGGGCGGGGAGCUGGUGGUCCUGAAGUCCCAGUUGAGAGAGCUAAGGUCCGAUCUCCAGAACAGCCAGGCUACGACCCAGGAGGCUGGGCCGGCCCUACGAACACGCUCCCUGGAGCUGGAGGUCUGCGAGAAUGAGCUCCAGCGCAGGAAGAGCGAAGCCGAGCUGCUCCGCGAGAAAGUCGGACGCUUGGAGGAAGAGUUGGCCCGCCUCCGAGAUGCCCUGGCCAAUCAGGAAGGAGGUUAUCUUCCUGGAGGCCAGGCAUCAGCCACUAAGGGCCAAUGUAUGAGCCUGCCCCUCCCCCAGGGGCGUGGGGGUGUGGGGGGUGGAAGGGAGGGCCUCAGCCCCUCUGUGGGGUACCGAGAUGCGGAGGAGGGGAGGCUGGGUUGGGGAGGGGAGAGUGAUGAGACCAAGGCUCAGAGGCAGAGUGCUGAAGCUGUGCUGGGACUCAGGCAACAGGUGGAGAGGCUGAGGGCAGAGCUGAUGUACGAGAGGAGGAGCAGUGAGGAGGGGUGGGGCGGAUUUGAGGAGGAGAGGAGGGUCUGGCAGCAGGAAAAGGAAAAGGUGAUCCGCUACCAGAAGCAGCUGCAGCAGAACUACAUCCAGAUGUACAGGAGGAACAGAGAUCUGGAGAGAGUGAUGAGAGAGCUCAGUCUAGAGCUGGAGAACAGAGAUGUAGAGGACUACGACAUCCACAGCGGCAGCAACGACAUCCACUUCAAGGAGAUCGCCGCUACUGAGAUCUAGAGGGACCAUACAAGGGUGUCCUCAUGCCCCAGUGAGAUUUAGAGACCAGACAGGGGCGUAGUCUAACCCCAGUGAGAUUUAGAGACCAGACAGGGCGUAGUCUAACCCCAGUGAGAUUUAGAGACCAGACAGGGCGUUGUCUAACCCCAGUGUCCUCUCGCUCCCAUGACAAUUAGUACCAGCACCCUGAUUUGAUCUGAUUUCCCCAUCACUGCUACUGAGAGGUCUGCGUCCAAAAUGGAACCCUAUUCGCUAUGUAGUGCACUUAUUUUGGAUAGAGAACAGGUUACCGUUUUAAAUUUGCAUCCAGACUACAGAGGGUGUACCUGGACUUACUCCCCUAACCACAGUUCCAGCACUCUUUACUUCUCUACACUCUUGGGAAAGAAUGUGCUAUCUAGAACCUAAACGGGUUCUUUGUCUGUUCCCAUAGGAUAACCCUUUGAAUAACUAGUUUUGGUUCCAGAUAGAACCCUUUUGGUUCCAGGCAGAACCUCAAACCAAAAAGGGUUCCCCCAUUGGGACAGCCGAAGUAUACUUUUGGAACCCUUAUUUCUAAGUGUGUAUGCUGGCAUGGACAUUAAGGGAGCAUCUCUGUCUCAGGGUUGAUUUACUGUACUAGACACUGGGAUGCACCCUCCUCUAGGCCCUCACAGGAACAGCUGACUACCUGCAGUCAGAAAGGACUCCAUCACUUCGUCAUUCGGACUUGAAAGAAGUUUAGGGUGUAUCUCAACAGUUUAAAGUGGCUUCCUUUCCAGAUUGAGAUUCACCCUCAGACCAACACAUCCUCAUUGCCUUCUCACAUGGGUUUGAUUUCCCAGCUAUAGUACCAGCACUCUAUGGGACGUAUACUAUGACUUUUGACUUGAGAAACAAGCAGGCAUCACUCAAACCUUGCUCAAAUCAGGGUAUUGAAAGCAAUGGGAGUCGCAGAAAAAGGGCACAGAUCUCAGAUCAAGUGAAAUCAUAUCUGUAUAUAGCACACAGGGGUGACUAUCUGACGACCAGCACAUAAUGAUGACAUCACAAUAAAGAUGACAUCACCCCUCGACUGUGUUUACGUUUGUCCACAGGACUCAGAGCAAAAAUCCCACUUUUACAAUGUCUUCUCAUGUUACAUAUACACUAUUCAAUGGAUCAUCAACUGAUCUAGACAUAGCAAUUUUAAGCUACAGCCUGGUCUUUUCUGAGUUACAGAAACACUGGAGUAUUUUAAUGGAAUGUAUAAGGACUCUUUGCACAUAGUAGGUGUCAACCAUUCAGUUAUCAACACCGGCUAAGACACAAACUAGGCUACACCAAGAGAAUACCUGGGAUCAUUUUGCACAAAAACUCAUAAUGCUCUUUUCAGUUCUGGACGUGACUGUUCUGUCUUUCUCAUGUAGUUGACCUCUUUGUAUGGACACAGAAGAGAUAGAAGCAUGUAGCAAUAAGAGAGAGUGCAGCUUGGGAGAUCUCGCUCUCAUAUCAAAGGAAGAAACAAAUCUCUCUCUCUUUCCUGUUAACUAGCACAGAUUUUCAUAUCAAAGGAAAAAACAAACAUUUAUUGGUUAAAACUAAAGCUGCCCGUCAAAGAUAUUGAUGCUGCAUCGGCUGCUGGGACUGUUAUGGAGCCUUCUUGGAUCCGUGAGGUCAGGGGUCGUGGAUCAGGAAGCCUUUGGUGGCACUUUCCCUGAUGGUAUCACAGUGAAAGCAACAAAACAUCAAUGCCAAACUGUACUGUAGACCUCCCUCCCUUGUCCUCUCUCACUGUCACACACUUUGGACUGUGAAUACUCUUCCGAGUAUUACUAGACCCCCCCCCCCCUCCCUCCCUCACUCAAAAAAAACAAAUAACACUUCCUAGUCUUCCUAUCCCUGACUGUGAGACUCCCUCACUGACAUGUAGAUAAUGUGGGUGGCAUGAUUGCAUGUCUUUCCCUGUCUGUCAGAGUCGGUCCAGAUAAUGUAGGGGUUUGUGCUGGACAUUGCAUGAUAGAGUAGCCUAAGGCAUGACACCCCGGUCAUUAUGGAACUGUUACACUGGUUAUGUUAUUGCCUUGGGAGCUCCAAGGGGGAUGGGACUGAAAUCUCUGGUCAACAUAUUGGCAACCACUGGGAACCAUAGAAAUAAACUUACUAUAAUGUAAUUCUAUGUCUAUGCUGGGAACCAUGAAUUAAUAAGGUGGUCUUCAGUUGUGCUUUCUCAUAAGAAUGGAUUCAACUAGAGGUGUGAUCUUUUGUAUUACAGAGUAAAACAAAGUAUAUAAAAAAAGAUUCUUAACAGAUAAAUAAAAAUCAAUAUGAUCUA